CUUGAUGAAUGAGCAUGAGCGCAAGCUGUAGCCCAAAGCACAUAAACCCGGGUAUCACUCCGGAUAUGGUUCUACGUUUCUGGUUCCUUAGUCUCUUUCCAAACUUAACAACCACAAUGAAGUUUCUUACGAGUAUCCUGAUUGUUGCGACAGCUGUGCAAGCUCACUAUACAUUUCCGAGACUUGUUAUCAACGGCAAAUCUGAAGAAGCAGACUGGUGGGCCACUCGAACCACCAAGAAUGCCAAUAGCAAACAGGGUAUCGAGAACCCGGCCAGUGCCGAUAUUCGCUGCUAUUCUUCACAAAAUGCAGCCAACAUAGCCACCGUCCCUGCUGGCGCCACUAUUCAUUACAUUUCGACCCAACAAGUCAACCACCCAGGUCCUACUCAAUACUACUUAGCCAAGGUGCCUGAGGGGCAGAGUGCUUCCAGCUGGGAUGGCUCCGGUAACGUCUGGUUCAAGAUUCACACAACGACGCCGACUGUCGACAGUAACAAGCAAAUGACUUGGCCCUCCCAGAACGAGUAUGUGUUAACGAAUGCAACUAUUCCCUCCGCGACCCCUGACGGCGAUUAUCUACUUCGCGUAGAGCAAAUUGCGUUACACUUAGCCAACCGACCAAACGGAGCCCAGUUCUACCUCGCUUGCACGCAGAUUAAGGUCACUGGAGGCGGUAAUGGUACUCCUGGGCCUCUAGUUGCACUACCCGGAGCCUACAAGAGUAAUGAUCCGGGCAUUCUGGUAAACCUGGGCGCGAUAUCGGCAGAGUCUCCCUAUGUUCCCCCAGGACCUGCCGUUUGGAGUGGUUGAAGUGAAUGCCAUAUCCCUCGGACGCCUCCUUCGCUAACCUCGAGUGUUAUCAUGUAACGCUGAUGAAAGGUUCGGGAAAAUGCAUCCAAGGCUGAUUAAAUAGGUAUUAUAGUUAAACAUAUUCAAUGAAUCAAUUAAAU